GUGACGCGCGUAGAGUGGACGCGUUGUGUUCUUGUGAAAAAUAAACUCUUUUGCAGCUUCAUGGCGGUAUGUUGCGGACAGCAAACAAUAACAACAAUAUAAUUUCAUAAUAAUUAAUGGCGCAGAAAUGAUGGAGAAGACUGAAGAGCCUCCUUCUAUAAACACCGAGGAAGAAGGUUCUGGAAAAGACAAAAUUUGGUGUUUGCAGCGUGUGGGGAGAGACCAUGACUGGCUGCAUCUGUUUGAGGACUCUGAGGUCUCUGUUGGUCGUGGUCUGAACGUGACAUAUCAGAUCCUGUCGAGCAGCUGUCCACUGAUGAUAUCCAGAAUACACUGUGUGUUUAAGAGAAACGAUGACGGACAGUGGACAGUGACGGACAAUAAGAGUCUGAAUGGUGUGUGGGUGAACGGGAGCCGAAUACCGCCUGGAAACCCCUGUUUACUGAAGCGGGGUGACUCUGUGCGACUCGGCGUCCCUCUCGACGGAAACCCCGUGGAGUUCGACUACAUCCUGGUCCAGAGGAACUUCAGUGACGUCAAAUCCUUCUUAUCUGGGAAUCCAAGCAGAGAAUCUGGCGCUGCAUCCUUCGGCCAAAAACUGAAAAACUCAAAGCGUAAGUUCGAUGGAGACGAGGCGGAACCGUGUCCCGCGCAGAUCCCCAAAUCCAAGCUGUACCGCAGCUCCGGCCCGGAUAAGUCACGUGCACAGCCGUGUCCGUCCGGGGAACGCCGGGAACCAGAGAAGGUUUCCUCUAAACCCCUGCAGGAGGACAGAUGUGGUGGUGAUAAAGCGGGGAGCAGCUCGGGCGGCUGCAAUGACCUCAGUCAGCAGCUGGACACUGUGCACCGCUACAACAGGAACCUGGUGGUCUUGAAGGGCCGUGUGGGUCACACACAGAAGCUCGCUGCGGAGCUGGAGCUGCAACAGACGCCGGAGCGAGAGCAGGAGAUGCAGGAUCUGCAGACACAGCUGGAGCAGCUCCGGGGUCAGCUGAGGUCACAGCAGGAGCAGGCGCUCAAACGCAUGGAGACCCUGGAGAAAUCCUUCUGUGAGGAGGAACGACGCCUGGAGACUGAAAAAGCACAACAUACCGAGGAGGGCUUGAAGAAACAACUUGUGGAGGCAUUGAAAGAGCAGCGGAAAGUUAUCGAGGAACUCAAACACGCUCGGGAAGGAUUCAAGGAAGUUCUUCAAGCCAAAGAUAAGGAGCUGGAAGUUACAAAGGAAGAGAAAGAAAAGGCCAAAGCUCAGAAAGAAGAAGUGGUCACACAGAUGACUGAAGUGUUGGAGAGUGAACUGCAGUGCAGCAUUUGUUCUGAGCUCUUCAUCGAGGCCGUGACGCUGAACUGUGCUCACAGCUUCUGUCAGCACUGUAUCCGAGAGUGGCGUAAACGCAAGGACAAGUGUCCCAUGUGCUGGCAGAACAUCACGUCUCAGACGCGCUCGCUGGUCCUGGACAACUGCAUCGACCGCAUGGUGGAGAACCUGAGCGCCGACAUGAGAGAGAGACGCCUGGCGCUGAUCAACGAGCGGAAAGGUGAGAGGUCAGAAAGCAAGCGUCCCUCCAGCAGUCGUGGUAAUAAAUGACGACAGCGACAGCAGCAGCGACGAGUUCUUUCAGAGCGACAGCUCCGUGUUUCUGGACUCGUCCGAGUCUAACGACUCCCUGCUCCAUUAUGCCAGCGAUGACGACUCGUCCUGCUCUGACGAGGACGAUUAUCUCUGAGAAACACUCAGACAUGCACUUGUGAAGAACACCGGCACAGCUCAUUUCUUUUGUUUCAUUUAGCCGUGCUGUUUUUUUUUUCUUCGUUUUUUUUUAUGUUUGUCGCUCCAUAUCAUUUGUGUGGGCUUUCAUUGAUCAAAUAAACUUUAUAAUUAUAUUGCA